AUGAGCUACAUGAAGAAAGAUGAAGACGCGGACCAGGUCAUGAUCAAGCUUGAUCGGACCUCCGUAUUCCAAGAUGCUCGCCUGUUCAACUCCUCUCCUAUCUCGCCACGAACAUGUCGCACCCUGUUGACCAAAAUUGCCGUGCUCCUCUUCACCGGAGAGCAGUUCCCCACGAAUGAAGCCACUACCCUCUUCUUUGGAAUCUCGAAGCUCUUCCAAAACAAGGACCCGUCAUUGCGGCAAAUGGUUUAUCUGAUCCUGAAGGAGCUGUCUGGUACUGCUGAAGAUGUGAUCAUGUCGACCAGUAUCAUUAUGAAGGACACUGCGGUGGGAAGCGAUGUUCUAUACCGGGCCAAUGCCAUCAGGGCGCUUUGCCGCAUUAUUGAUGGUUCUACAGUUCAAGGUAUCGAGCGACUGAUCAAGACCGCCAUUGUUGAUAAGACACCCUCCGUGUCCUCCGCCGCCCUGGUGUCUUCCUACCACCUCCUCCCCAUCGCGCGCGACGUUGUCCGGAGAUGGCAAAGCGAAACACAAGAAGCCGCCUCUUCAUCGAAGUCAUCAACCGGUUUCCUUGGUUUCGGUGGAAGCGCCCAGAACCACGCUAUCUCCAACUCGAACUUCAUGAACCAGUACCAUGCGAUCGGUCUCCUGUAUCAGAUGCGCUCCCACGAUCGGAUGUCCCUGGUCAAGAUGGUGCAGCAAUACGGCGCUGCGGGUGUGGUUAAGAGCCCGGCUGCUUUGGUUCUGCUCGUGCGUCUAGCGGCCAAGCUGGCGGAAGAAGACCAAGGUCUCCGGAAACCAAUGAUGCAGAUGUUGGAUGGCUGGCUCCGUCACAAGCAUGAGAUGGUCAAUUUUGAGGCAGCCAAGGCCAUUUGCGACAUGCGCGAUAUCACCGAUGCAGAGGCAACCCAGGCAGUCCACGUUCUGCAGCUCUUCCUCUCCUCCCCCCGGUCCAUCACCAAGUUCGCUGCUAUCCGUAUUCUCCACAACUUUGCCUCUUUCAAGCCGCACGUUGUCAACGUGUGCAACCCCGAUAUCGAGUCCCUUAUUUCCAACUCCAACCGCUCCAUCGCUACAUUCGCCAUCACCACAUUGCUCAAGACCGGUAACGAGGCCAGUGUCGACCGUUUGAUGAAGCAAAUUUCGGGCUUCAUGGCCGAUAUCACCGAUGAGUUCAAGGUCACCAUUGUCGAGGCCAUUCGCACAUUGUGCUUGAAGUUCCCUAGCAAGCAGGCUGGUAUGCUCGUUUUCCUGAGCGGUAUCCUGCGUGACGAGGGUGGCUAUGAGUUCAAGCGCACUGUUGUUGAAAGCAUGUUCGAUCUGAUCAAGUUCGUCCCUGAAAGUAAAGAAGAUGCUCUUGCCCACCUCUGUGAGUUCAUCGAGGACUGCGAAUUCACCAAGCUCUCCGUCCGAAUCCUCCACCUGCUCGGUUCUGAGGGCCCCAAGACUUCCCACCCCACCAAGUAUAUACGUUACAUCUACAACCGUGUUGUUCUUGAGAACGCCAUUGUACGCGCUGCUGCUGUCACUGCAUUGGCCAAGUUUGGUGUUGGCCAGAAGGACCCCGAAGUCAAAUCUAGUGUUCACGUUCUCCUCACUCGUUGUCUUGAUGAUACCGAUGAUGAGGUGCGAGACCGUGCUGCGCUCAAUCUGCGACUCAUGGCGGAGGAAGAUGAGGCGGCUAGUGCCUUCAUCAAGAAUGGUAAGCGUUCUUCCUUACAGCAGGCAGCUUUACUUUUGCUAACAAGUAUAGAUUCUAUGUACUCUCUCUCCACUUUCGAGCACCAGCUUGUCAUGUACGUGACGUCCGGGGAUAAGCAGACCUUCGCUACUGCCUUCGACGUUGCAACCAUUCCCGUUGUUUCCCAAGAGCAGGCUCUGGCAGCAGAGCGAACACAAAAGCUCACAUCCGCCACACCCACUCUCAAGGCUCCUUCAACCGGCCCUCCGAAGGGUGCGGCCGCCGGCGGUAUGGCCGAAGCUGCCUCUGCUUCCGCCACUCAGAAGUACGCAGAGCAACUCUUGGAGUUCCCCGAUAUCAAGGCCUAUGGCACUUUGCUCAAGUCUUCCUCGCCUGUCGAACUUUCCGAGAGCGAAACCGAGUAUGUCGUCACAGCUGUCAAGCACAUUUUCAAGGAGCACAUUGUCGUGCAGUAUGAUAUCAAGAACACACUCCCAGAUACCAUUCUCGAGAACGUCACCGUGGUAGCCACACCAGAGGAGGAGGAUGUAUUGGAGGACGACUUUAUCAUUCCCGCCCCCAAGGUUCCCACAAAUGAGCCUGGUGUUGUCUAUGUGGCUUUCAAGAAGCUCGCCGGCGAGAACAGUGUUCCCGUCACCUCAUUCACAAACAACCUCAAGUUCACUAGCAAGGAAAUCGACCCCACAACGGGCGAGCCUGAGGACAGUGGUUACGAAGAUGAGUACCAAGUGGAAGACCUUGAGCUCACUGGCAGCGACUACGUUAUCCCAACCUUCGCCGGAAGCUUUGACCACGUCUGGGAACAGACCGGUGCUAACGGCGAGGAAGAGAGUGAGACUUUGCAGCUCAGCAACAUGAAGGGUAUCAACGAUGCCACGGAACAGUUGAUCUCUGCACUGUCUCUCCAGCCUCUCGAGGGCACCGACGUCGCUCUCAACAGCAGCACACAUACUCUCAAGCUCUUCGGAAAGACUGUGUCCGGUGGCCGUGUUGCUUCCCUGAUCAAGAUGGCCUACUCAAGCAAGGCUGGUGUCACGACCAAGAUCACCGUCCGGGCGGAAGAGGAGGGCGUUGCCGCAGCUGUGAUUGCUUCUGUGUCUUAA